AUGACUGGCUUGGAGCCCUCACUCCGAAACGUGAUCGAUCAACAUUCACUGAAGUGGAUCUUCGUUGGCGGCAAAGGAGGCGUUGGCAAGACCACUUGCAGUUGCUCACUUGCUACGCAACUGGCCGCAGUGCGACGUAAUGUGCUGUUGAUAUCAACUGACCCAGCUCACAACAUCUCCGACGCCUUCAACCAACAGUUUAGCAAGACGCCUCAAAAAGUGAAUGGAUUCGAAAAUCUUUUUGCAAUGGAAAUUGAUUCAAAAGGCGCCACUGAAAGCGAUAGCAUGCCGGGACUUGAAGGAUUACCUGAGAAUGAAAACAAUAUGCUUGGCGCUGGAAAGAAGCUUUUACAAAGUAUGGCUGGCGGGUUACCGGGAAUUGACGAAGCAAUGAGCUUUUCCGAAAUGAUGAAACUUAUUACGAAUAUGGAUUUUGAUGUCGUCGUCUUCGACACAGCUCCAACCGGACACACCUUGCGACUUCUUCAAUUUCCAUCAACGAUUGAGCAAGCUUUCACGAAAAUUCUCCAACUUCAGUCAUCGUUCGCUCCUAUGAUCUCACAAGUUUCCACUUUGAUGGGAGCGGGUGAAAUGAAUAUUGAUGAGACCGUUAACAAACUAAAGGAAACGCUGGAAAUUGUGCGCAACAUGAAUGCCCAAUUCAAAAACCCUGAGUUAACUACAUUUGUUUGCGUGUGCAUUGCCGAGUUUCUCUCUUUGUACGAAACGGAACGUUUGAUCCAAGAGCUCACAAAACAGGAUAUUGACACUCACAAUAUCAUUGUGAAUCAACUCUUGUAUCCGGAUAAAGACGAGAAGGGUUGUGUGCAAUGUAAGAAAUGUCAAUCACGUCACAACAUUCAGUCAAAGUAUUUGGAGCAGAUUGGUGAUCUGUACGAAGACUUUCAUGUGACAAAGUUGCCCCUUCUGGAGAAAGAGGUACGUGGGCCAGACGCAAUCAAGAAUUUCAGUGAACUUCUACGAGUGCCACUUUUGGACACAGUACAUUCGCGGACAUUGAAGUCGAUGAGUUGGAUAGCUUGUCAUGGUGGAGCGACAUUCGGAAGCUCCGAUGAUUUGCUGAAAAGGUGUGCGUCGGCUCUCCGCGAUGGAAAAACCGCCCUCGGAACAGUGAUGCAUUUAGAGCAAGAUGGGUCUUUUAACGCUGGUUGUGGCUCGAGUCUAAAUUGGGAGGGUAACAUCGAAUGCGAGUCUGGAGUGAUGUUCUCGGAUGGUCGUUUCGGUGGUGUCGCAGGCCUUUCCGAUAUCAGAUCACCCUCUCAAUUAGCGGCUGCCGUUGCUAACAACUGUACUCAACUACAAGGACUUGUUGCACCAAACUUUUUGGCCGGAGCGCAAGCAUCAAAUUAUGCGAAAUCUCUAGGCAUGCAAUUGUGUGAUCCGAAGGAGUUAGUCAAUCAAAAGUGUUUACGAUCUUGGACUAAAGCAAAAGCAUUAACGAAAAAGGAACACGUUGGUUCACCUGUAAAACAAACUUUGGAUACAGUUGGUGCCGUAGAAAUUACUGACGAGGGAAAUUGUAUUGCUUGCUCGUCCAGUGGUGGUAUUAUUUUGAAGCACCCAGGGCGCGUGGGUCAGUCUCCAAUUUGGGGUGCUGGUGUUUGGGCGGAAACUCGUUCAUCGUCUCGUGUUGCUGUGGCAAUUACUGGAUUGGGUGAGGCCAUUACAAGGUGCAGCAUGGCACGAGGCGUGGGGGUGUCUUUGUUGGACAUGUCGAUUGAUCAAACACCAACAGAAAUCGUUUCGCGGUGGAUCGAUGUCAACUUUACCAAUUCAAAAUGGAUGCGCUAUUUUUCGAAAGAACAGCUUAUUGCAGGUGGAAUUGCUCUUUUGCAACAAGGCACUGAAAUACCCGAGCUGAUUGUCUUCAAUAACUCACCAUUUCUUCCUAUCGCCUAUAGGACUUCAAAUGGAAAAGUGAAGACGCUCAAAGCCGAACCACAUGAAAGUUUGUCAUUUACACUUACAUCAAUGUUGUUA